UUAAACCCUCAACCUUGACGGUGUCUGGAAGCUGUUGCUGGAGUUAUUGAAGCUCAAGAUCGUGUGGCCCCGCAAAUCCACACGACCUUCUUUCCCCGUAGCUUCAAGCUCGAGGAGCUUGGCGCUCUUGCGAAUUGGGUCUCCAGCAAUCUAUCGAGGUAGCUCAUAAGCAGUUUACAGCGCAGGGAGUUUCUGGUACUCUUGGAGCUGCAAAGGGAUUACACUUAACGUGUUUUCUGCAUUGAAAUGCUGUUGCGGGUCCCAAUUUUGCUACGUAGGUCUUGUUCGAAAGCUGGCAACCAGUUCUAAAAUCAAAUGUAUUUGUGAGAGGUUCUCGAAGCUGUAGAAUGCAGGCACCCGCUGGGUUUUGACUUCGUGGGUAUUGGAGGCGUUGGGGAGUGAGUGGUGAGGUUUGGAAGGGUUAUUGACGUUGUUUGGCAGAAGGCUGUGGGUUUAGGAUUGUAGCGGACCUUCGAACGGUGUUUGGAGGGGCCGUGGUGGGGUACUAUGGGAACCUCCGUGGGAGUUGGACCCUUCAGGACUCUGUCUACAAUUCCAGCUGCGAUUUCGCGGUUGGAUAGAAGCAUCGGAGCCAGCACGACGACUUCAUUGAGGAAAUCGUGCUUUGAGUGGUCGUCUCCGUCGACCAAGCGUUUCCAGCGCCCAGGAUGUGCCCCAUUUAGCGUCCGAGCAGACGCUUCCAGUCGAGAAUUUGAGGAUAGCGUCAACACUUCGAGUCGCCCCAGCCGUUUUUCAAAUUUUGGUGUCAAGAAUAGGAUUCAAUUUAAGGCGAGAGAGGUGAGAAGAGGUGAAAAUGAGACUUUGACGAAAUAUUUUGCAACUUGCGCACCGGGAUUGGAAACUGUGCUUGCAGCAGAGCUUUCUUCGCCCCUCAUCGGCGCUCAGGAGGUAGAAGUUGGCAAGGCUGGGGUAUCUUUUGUGGGCUUGAAGGUUACGGGUUACAAGGCUAGUCUUUGGCUGCGUACUGCAGUUCGUGUACUAGUGCAGCUUGCUGCCGGGCCUUUGCCUGAAGGCCGUGGCCGGAAUGAUCCUGUCUACACGUUUAUUAGAGAUGCUAUAGAUUGGCCUUCAAUCCUUCUUGACGACAGCUCAUCCCAUACACAGCAACCAGAUUCGAAUGAAAGAUAUAGACCGAGGAGUAACUCUGGAGGGAGGGGCGAUGAGAUGUCCAACUCUCGAGCUGGGACUGCAACUCAUUCAGCACAAGCUCCUAGGUUUAGGAACUUUGGGGUGCAAAGCAGGGUGUGGAGUUGUACUGACAUUCACAACUCGGCUUUUGCGAGUGUGAGGGCCAAAGAUGCGAUCUGCGAUGCUAUGCGUGAAGCUUGUGGUGGCCAUCGACCCGAGCCGCCAGAGCAUGGAGGAUCUACGGCGGAUGUACCUUUGUUUCUCUUCCUGUUCAGAGAUGAGGCAGUUUUGUAUAGAGAUAUGUCUGGAGUCAGCCUUCACAAGCGGGGCUAUCGGGACGUUAUGCACAGGGCUAGUUUGAACGAAGGCAUUGCUGCUGCUGUUUUGACAAUAGCAGGCUGGAACCGGGCAGUGCCUGGAUUUGGUGAUGCAAAUGUGAACGCACCAGGCGAAGAGCGCGUUUUAUUGGAUCCCAUGUGCGGUUCAGGUACAUUUUUGAUUGAAGCUGCUCUCAUGGCUAGCAAUGUUGCACCCGGAUUGAUGCGUCGACAGUGGCCCUUCCAGAAAUGGCAUGAUUUUGAUGAGAACGCUUGGAAACAGUGCAAGGACAAUGCAGUAUCAAUGCAGCAGUCCUCGUUGUCUGGAGUGAGGUUAUUAGGAAACGAUAUACAUGCAGGGGCUUUAUCGUUGUGCCACAGAGAUGCGUCAACUGCGGGUGUUCGUCAUUUGUUAGAACUCAGUUGUAAAGAUAUUCAAGAAUAUAAGCCCCUUGUUGUACCCUCUCUUGUAGUAACCAACCCUCCAUGGGGAGAACGUCUCAUCGACUCGAGGUUCUGCAGAAAUGAAGAAAACGAGUGGGUGUAUGAAACCUGGCAAGGGCUCGGCCGGUUUUUGAAAUCUCAAUGUAGUUGUGCUGAUGUAUACGCCCUCAGCGGAAACGCCGAGGUUACACGUGCCAUGCAUAUGCGGGCUGACAAGAAGUGGCCCUUGGUUAUCGGUGGCCAGGAGCGCAAGCUUCUCCACUAUCAUGUACUUCCUCCCCGCAAGCUAGCAUAGAAAAAUUUUAGGAACAAUUUGAGGUGCGACUGCAAUUGGGUUUAGCCAGUAGCUCCUCUGUACACUAGACCAGGCUUCUUGGGUCAGGGCAUCAUCCCGAAGCAUUCUAAUCUGUUACAUUUGCUUUCUUCAAAACUGCUUAUUCCCCUCUCGGGUUUAAUGCUAUUUUUGAACCAACUCCAAGUACUACAUGAAUCGUGUAUUA